AUGUAUAAUCCAUAUCAAGCUUCAGGGCCGUUUGGCCAACCGCCAGAUUUUGGAAGCUAUCCUGGGGCGCCGCCAGGUCUCGGUGGCCCGCCAGGAAUGGCACCUCCGGGAAUGGCACCUCCAGGGACCGGAGCACCGCCAGGAAUGCAGCAGCACAAUGCCCAACAGCCAGGCCGGCCCGGCGGCUUCCCACCAAACUUCCAGCCUCCCGCGAACAUGCCAAAUAUCAAUUUCUCAGCACCCGUAAUUCGCCUAGGUACCUCGGGUCCUCCUAAAUCGACGACUCCGCAUGAAGGUGGCCGUGAGCGGGGUGGAGACGCGGGAGGGCGCAGGGGAGGCCAGCAUCACACAGCGUCGAUAGAAUCCCAGCGUCAGAAUAUACGCGAAGCGAUCAUGCAGCUGCAGCCGCCGACAAAGGAUGAAAUUGUACGCACAGUUUUUGUCAGUGGUAUAACCGAAGGCACAGGCGGUGACGAAGGUGUUGAACGUAUUUUACGGUCUGCGGGUAAUCUUAGGCGCUGGAUUCGAGCAACUGAUGCGGAUAAUAAGCCGUGCAAGUUUGGUUUUGCAGAGUACGAGGACCCAGAAAGUCUUAAUACCGCUGUCGAGGUGCUAAGGGAUAUCGAAGUUCCUGUCAACAAACAGCGGCCAUCUGAUGGCGAAAAGGAUGAUGAAGAAGUUGAAAUGAGCAAACUAAUGGUGGUUGUCGAUGAUAGCUCUCUCAAAUACCUCGAGCAGUAUGAAACCAACAACACUCAGGAACCAGAAGCAGUACAUUUACGUCUCGAAACUGCAAGAAAAAACCUCGCAGCUGUUUUAGCAGAACUAACCAACCCUUCAGCUCAAAUCAAAGGGGAGGGAGUGGACAAGGAUGGUGAUACUACCAUGGGUGAUGGUGAAAAGCAGGCUGACGGAACUUCUGCUGAAGUGAUUACCAUCCCAAUAACUGUGGAGGAUGAGCUUUCCGAUAUCCCUGCCGAGAUGAGAGAAACUGUUGCAAAGGAGAUUGCGGCGUUCCGUGAACGGAGCAACCGCCGGGAUCUCGAACGGCUGAAGCGAGAGGAGGAGAUCGAGUCCCUAGAGCGAGCUAGGAAUGCAGGCCAUUCGCGUUCGAACAGACUGUCUUCUCCGCCUCGUUCCACGCCUGCCCCUGCCGGAGGUGCUAACGGGAUUCCACUUGGGCCUCGAGAUAGAAGCGUACCAAAUGCGCCGUCUGGGCCAAAGGGAUAUGGACAACAAAUUCCAAAGGACUACCAAAAGGGUGUAUCGUUUGUUAACAAUGAAACAGACAUUGCUCCGGAAGACGACGAUACCGAUGCAAGUGAUUCUGAGGUUGAAAGGAGACAUCAGGGAAAACGAAAUGCAGAGCUGGAGAAACAAGCCUUAGAUCAGGAACGGCGAUGGCUAAAUCGUGAAAGAAGCAGGACAGCAGCUGUAGAGAGAGAGAAGAAUCGAGAACGGGAUGAAGGGCAACGUGCAGAAGAAGAGAAGCGAGCCAUGGCCAAACGAUUGCGGGAGUGGAAUGAUGAUACGGAAGCCAGCCGGAAGGUGGAGGAAUACUAUGCUGACCGUGGAGUGUGGAUACGCAAGCGUGCUGCGUUCCGGAAUAGGGAGGCAACCAUGGAUGAAGCCGACAGGGCGGCCGAAGAGCGAGAAAAGGCCAAAGAAGCUCAGCAACAAGAACAAGCCCGCGGCAUGGCUGAAGACUUCCUCGCCCGUCAAGCCCAGGAGAUGGAGUCUCGCAACCAACCUCGCAAGGAGCCCCAACGGUUCAAGCUAUCUCUUGGAGCCGCUGCUCAGAAAGCUCAACGGAGAACCGUUGCUGAGGUUGAGGGUCUGCUUGAAGAUGAAGAAGAUACUUCUGCAACUGCCAGACGCCCUCUGACCGACAUCAAAUUCGAUUCUAUUGCCGAAACCGCAGGACUUACAGAUGAAGAACGUGCGCAGGCUGCUAGACAGCUUGCGGCCGAGAUUCCUUCAGAUAAAGAGGGCCUAUGGAAGUGGGAAGUCAAGUGGGAGUUUGUGGAUGAGGCAGUCCUCGGCGACCAGCUUAAGCCUUUCGUUGAGAAGAAAAUCAUGGAGUAUCUCGGUGUCCAAGAGCAGAUGCUGGUUGAUGUUGUGGAGGAGCAUAUCCGGAAGCGCGGCAGCCCUCAGGAUCUCGUGGAACAACUCGAAGGGGCUCUGGACGAGGAGGCUGAAGUUCUGGUGAAGAAGCUGUGGCGUAUGAUUGUGUUCUUCUCUGAAAGCGAGAAGAGAGGUCUCUCUAGCUAG